CAGUCUUCGCACAUGGAAUUGCGAAUCGAUUGCGCUUUUGCGCUCCAGCCUGCGGAGAUCACGGACGCGCGAGAACAGAACAGCCGCCGCUCUUCAGUUUUGCGCACGGGCUGAGGACUGCAUUCCGACACCCCACUGCAGAGCUUUUAUUUGAAUAAGUUGGCUUUUUACAUUUCGUUUCUUCAUUUAGACUGAUCUCUCCUUUACGCGAUGGAGAAGAUGUCUCGACCUCUUUCUAUAAACCCAACUUUCCUACCUCCGACCCACGGCGUCCUGAAAUCCCUGCUGGAGAACCCCAUGAAGCUGCCCUUCCACCACGAUGAAGGGUUUGGGAAAGAGAAAGAGAAGGAGAAGAAUUUGGAAGAGGAUGGAACUGCUCUCAACACUCCUCAGUCCGCCUUCUUGGGCCCGACGCUGUGGGACAAGACCCUGUCAUACGACGGCGACAACUUCCAGCUGGAGUACAUGGAUUUAGAGGAGUUUCUGUUGGAGAACAAUAUUCCCGCCAACCCUGGGAGCGAGCAGAGCCAGCCUUCCCAGCAGCCCCUGCAGCAGCAGCCCCCCUCCGCCCCGCCCACGCCUUCGGUGGUGGAUCUCAGUAACCGGACGGCCGCGUCCGUUCACUCCGGCAUCGUGAGCCAGAACUGCCUCCAGAGUCCCAGCAGAGCAGUUCUCCCCUCACGUGACACACCCAGUCCCAUAGAUCCAGACCAGAUCCAGGUUCCGGUCAGGUACGAGCCCGACCCCGCCGACCUCGCCCUCUCCAGCAUCCCGGGACAGGAAAUCUUCGACCCACGCAAGCGCAAAUUCUCACACUGCCAAAUGGAUAACUCGUUUUUCAUUUGUUUCUCUCUCUCCAUCUCCGCACAGGACGACAGAUACUGGGCACGGCGCAGAAAGAACAACUUCGCUGCCAAACGCUCCCGGGAAGCUCGCCGGGUGAAAGAGAACCAGAUCGCCAUUCGCGCGGGAUUCCUGGAGAAAGAGAACGUGGCGCUCAGACAGGAAGUGGCCGACCUGCGGAAGGAACUCGGCUGCUGUAAGAACAUUCUGGUCAAAUACGAGGCGCGACACGGCCCUCUGUGAGCCCCUCCCACCCCGCACAAACCCCGCCCACCUCCACAAAUGCCCUGCCCACCACCAACCCCCCAGGGACUUCUGCGUGCCUCUUUAAGAGGCGACAAAUUCUCAUCUUCUUUUUUUUUUCACGUUUCUCUUUUCACUUUUCUCUUUACAAACCCAGUUUGCGUUCUUUAGUUGAUUUUGUAUUUCAUGUGUGUGUUUUUCCUCUUGUCUAGUUUCACACAUUCACUUCUCUCUCUUUCCUUUUAUUUGUUCCGUUCGUCCAUUUAUUCCUUCACCAACGAUGGAUCGUUUAUCUGGAAAUGGUUUUCUCUGGAGUGUUUUAUACACCUGUAACAUGGACUGAUAAAUAUUUUCCUCGCCGCUCGCCCUACUGUCUGUCAAUCAACCGCUCAGCCCACCCCCCUCUUCCCAGAGGCUCCGCCCACUUCCUGUUGCUCGAGCUUCUUUUUGCGUAUAUUAAUGUAUUUUAGUUGAAUAGCUGUAACGCACCGACACCUUUCGUUCUGUGAAGUGUGUAAAACACUAGCUAGCGUCAGAACAUGAUGUUUGUUUUGUUCUUUUCCUAUUCUAUGUGUUUUGUCUGUUUUAUUUCACCAUUUCUUUUAAACCAACACCAGCGUAGUUUUUGGCGUCUUUCCCGCAUUGUCCAUAGAGCAAUAAGCCUGAAUCUCUUCAGAGGGCAAAACACAUGAAAUGUAAGCUAGCCUGUUUCAUAGCGCCAUCAUUUCUGCUGCAGUGCGGAAACUUUCCCUUCAAAACUUUCCCUCCAAAAAUGCUGAAUCCAUAUUUGUCUGUCUUUCUGUCUCGCUCUAACUCCCUGCACUAAUGCGUGUUUCACAAUCUGAUCUGGUGCAAUGUUUCUACCUACACUAUAAUCUGCCUGAUAUGUGUAUGGAGUUUCGGUUUUUUUUUUAAUGGAAGAAAUUUUUUCAAAAAUAUUCAGCUGUUAAUUGCUACUAUUGUUAUAGCUGUUCUUAUUGUUAUGGCUGUAUAGUAAUUUUUCCUGAUUGUUUAUUGUUUUAUUGGAUAUUUCAGCAUGACUUUGCAGAGUUGCAGCCUAAAUCUAAUUGUGAAUGGGUCUUUUCCUUUUCUUUUUUAGGAUGGAUGAUUAUUCUAUCCUAUCUUUUUAUUUUUAUUGUUAUAUAUAUUUUUUUUUUACCCAGAGCAUGUUUUAGAAUUUUCAUUUGUCAGUACAAGCAGAUAUUUGUAGUGAUUUAUUUUCCUUUUUGUUUUGUAGCUUCGCAUGUCUGUCGUCUGUAUGACUGUAAUGAAUGUGUUUUAAGAGGUUUUGAGCCAUUCGUUGAGCAGGACGGUGUUGUCUCAAAUACUGUGGUUGAAAUCAGUUUGUUUACUGCAGACCAAAAGAUACAGCACACAGAUUUAUUGAUAAAACAGAGUUUUAAUGUUUAUAUAUAUAUAUAUAUAUAUAUGAAAUCUAUUCUAAGUUGCUUUUUUGUACAGUAUUUUUCCUAUAUAAUACUGUCUGAAUAUUUUCAAGGCACAACAAAUCCAGAGUAGUGGAAGAGAAAUAUAUGAUAGCUUACGUAUAUAUAUCUAUUAUUCAAAGCUAAGUGACAUAGUGUUUUGAUAUAUUAUGAAGUAUAUAAAUGCGAAACCCGCCAUCAUGUCCUCUAUUUUGGGCAUUAAAAACCUUCUGCACCCUCAUAUUCAAAUAGCCUUUAGUAUUCUGUCUCAGGGAACGCUAGCAGCCGGACCUCAAACCAUAACUCGUUAUAAAUAUGAAAUAUAUCUAUAUAUAUUGCUGUGUUCUGUACAUAAGUAGUUUUUUCCUAUAGGAAGGAGCUGCAAUUCCUCAGUCUAACUCACACUCUUGAUGCUGUGUUUCAUUACAGAGCAUUUUACAGUAUUGCUAUUGGUUCUUUGAAUGGAAAUCUAAAGGCUAUGCUUUUUUAGUCUAUAUAAUUGAGUCUUUUUCACAGCAGAGUGUUGAUAUUGAAUGUUUAGUGCGGCAGCUCUGAGAGCUUUUGCUUGGUUGAAUGUUACUGGGUUUGAGUACAAGGUUUCGUAAGGCUCUGUAAAAGUUUUUUUUUUUUUACUGGUCUGAGAUCAGUUUGUAUUCUGUUUAUUCUAUUAGAAGUUACAGGGUUUAAAUACAGGACUUCUGAUUUCAGGUCAGAGGUUGCGUUUAAUGCGCUGGUGACUUUGUCGACAGUAAAAGUCCUCGUCUGCCCCAGUGCAGGCCAAAGUUGAGAUGAGCACAGAUUUGUAUUAUUGAAGAUUGAUGGGAAAGAAAUUACGAGUUUUUUUUUUUUUUAAUUUCAUUUAAUUUCCCUUGAUUUUCUUCCUCGUGUCUGUUUGUUUGUGGUAUAAAUGCAGAUGUGAGACGCGUGUAUAAAGCCCUGUGUAGUCUGUUUCUAUCUGUGCAAAACUGAAAUAAAUCCAGGAUUAAGCCAAA